UGCGCGUGCGCAGACGGUAGACGCAAUUCUACCUGAGGCCGCGCACUUUUUUCCUGUUGCCCUGACUGCUGUGGUGUCAUCGGCGCUUGGCCGGUCUCAGCCGCCCCUCGCUGCGGUGACUCGAGUUCCCCUGCAGCCGGCCAUGCCCAUUGCGCGACUCGCUGCUGCGGAGCUCGCGCAGCACUGAGGGAGCCGCCGGACCAGGGGAAGGCGCGGGUCAUGGCAGAGUUCCCGCCAGUGCCGCUCUCCCUGCGGGAGGAGCCCCCGGGCGCCCGCUCUGGCUCCGAGUCCGAGUCGGAGGCCGAACUGUCGCAGAGCCUGGCCCGCACCAAGAUCCGCUCGUACGGCAGCACGGCCAGCGUAGCGGCCCCCCUGGCGGAGCGCUACCUGGAGCAUCGCCUCAGCGCGGGCGACACGCUGCAGGGCAUCGCGCUCAAGUAUGGAGUUACGAUGGAACAAAUAAAAAGGGCAAAUAAACUAUUUACCAAUGACUGUAUAUUCCUGAGGAAAACUCUGAAUAUUCCAGUUAUAUCAGAGAAGCCGUUACUGUUCAAUGGACUUAAUUCGCUGGAAUCGCCUGAGAAUGAAAUUAUUGACAUUUCUCUUUGUGGUGAAGGACCAAUAACAGUUCAGGAAGAGAGUAGUUCUUCUUCUCCCAGUCCUCAAGAACCUGACAAUCAACCUGCUGCACCCGAAGAACUAUCUGCCAAAGAUUUUCUACAUAGACUGGACUUGCAGAUUAAGUUGUCCAAACAGGCAGCCAGGAAACUAAAAGAUGAAGAUAUCAGAGAGGAGGAUGAGGAAAGUCCCUAUGCAACUUCUUCCUAUCACCAGUAGAUGACCAACACAUGAUGACCUGCAAACGUGGAAUGAAGAUACAGUUCUUAAAGAACUAAAUAAUUGAUUCAAAAGCAAGCCUUUCAGACUGAUUACCGUGGUGUACUUUUUACAAGUCAUGAAUGGGUAAUUUCACUGACUAAUUGCACUGAAAUUAUUUGACCUCUUCUGCCUUCUGCAGGUUAAUUUCCUUAAAUUAUAUCAAUAAGAGGUGUAAGCCUUGCAAAACUAGCAAUUGCCUUCAUAUUCCUUCUGUGUAAAUUGUAGCAUGGUAGCAACAAUAUAUCCUUGAAGUCACCUUUAUGCAGGAUGCUUGGAUCUUUAGUGUACAGUUUGUAAAUACUUGUUAAGAUAAAGUGUGAGAGAUUUGAUUAAAUAUUUAUGGAGAAAGUUACACUUAUCACUGGCAAAUUUAACUAUAUAAAAUGACUGAAGUUUUAUGAUACUUACAUCUUGAUUCUGCAGUCCCAAUGCAGGCAAAUUUGCCACGGAAGUUUUGCCUGCAGCAAGGCUGCAGAACUGAUCCCUAAGUUGUGUGUGUAAGUGUGCAUCUAUAAAUAACAUCUAUGUGUUCCUGUAAAGGAUUAAUUUAGCCCUCGAUUUUGAUUGGGUAAAGAAAGCCUUUAGGGGAAAAAGUUAUAAUAAGAGGUAUUUUUCUUUGUGUUAUAGUGACAUUUGAAUUGUUCAUAAAUGUAUUCUUGUGUGCAAAUAUAUUUUCAGUGUAACUUUAUUAAACAAACCCCCCCAUAAUAAAUGAAUAUUCUUCA